AUGGCCUUGAAGGUCCAUCUCGUCCGCCACGCCGAAUCGGUCCACAAUGUCACUCAUGACUUCUCUCAGUUGGAUCCUGAGUUGACCCCUCUUGGCCUUCAGCAAGCUACAGGGCUCGGCCAGCUAUUCCCCUACGCCCCCCAGGUGGGUGUUAUCAUCACCUCUCCACUCAAACGAGCUAUCCAAACCACCCUCACGGCUUUUUCCCAUAUUCUUGAUAAACGGUAUUUCGACCCCGACUCUGGGGACGGAGUGGAGAAUGGCGCAGUCCUUUUCUUGGAACCGGAUUUGCAAGAGAGAAGUGCCCUUCCCUGUGAUACGGGGUCCCCAACUAGGGUCCUGGAAGCGGCUUUUCCGAGACUAGGUUUCCAGGAUUUGGCUGAGGGUUGGCAAGUGAAAGAGGACUUCUAUUCUCCCGCCGACGAAGCUGUGGAGGAGCGGGCACAGAGGAUGAGAUCUCGUAUUGCCGCAGUUUGCGAGGAUCUGCAACACCAAGGACGGACAGACGUUGUGGUUGUAACUCACGGGGUGUUCAUGAAAUUCUUGUCGGGAGACCCAGACAUUGAUCUGCCGAAAGCAGGCUGGAGGAGCUAUGCUGUUGGAACUGGAACCGUCUUCUCGAAGUGCUCGUGA